UUGAAUAGUGAGGGCCAUGACGUAGACAGUCGAGGGUAGCAACAGUUGCCCCGAGACCCCGUUGCGCCAUAGUGACUGUAGCCGUGGAGACAGUUACUUACCAACGGGCGCAACACUCAGCAACAGCAGCAGCAGCAGCAUCUGGAAGUCACCGAGCGAGUGGCAGAGAAGGGAAAAGAUAGCAGAGCCGGGGCAGAACUUUACUCAAAACUAAGCAUGCAGAGCUCAGAGGGAGGGUCAGACACCACGACCAGCGUGGCCGCGCUGCGGACAUCAUCCUCAGCUCAGGCCCCUGUGGUACAGCCUGUGCCAGCCUCCCAACAGAGGGUGCUGGUUCAAGCUACAGGCUCAGCUCAGAAGGGAGGACAAGUACAGCAGCUUUCAGUACCCAGGGUUCAACAGGUCUCUCAGCAGGUGCAGCAGGUGCAACAUGUCUACCCAUCCCAGGUCCAAUAUGUAGGAGAAAGUGGAGAGACUGUUUACACCAAUGGAACUAUCCGAACAGCCUACUCCUACAACCCUGAGGCUCAGUUGUAUGGGCAGGGCAGUGGAGGGACCUACUUUGACUCACAGGCUGGUGGAGCUCAUGUCACCACGGUGGUCUCCUCUGCCGGUGGUGGUGUGCCCCCUCAUGGCAUGGUAGGCAUCGCCAUGGACGUGGGCGGCAGCCAUAUCAUCUCCAGCGGAAGCACCUAUCUGAUUCAUGGAGGAAGUAUGGAGGGAAGCCGCAACCACAUAUCACACUCAUCACGCUCCUCCUCAGCCAUGCUUGAAAUGGCGAUUGAAAACCUCCAAAAGUCUGAAGGAAUUGCAAGUCACAAAAGCAGCCUGCUCAACAGCCAUCUGCAGUGGCUGCUGGACAACUAUGAGACAGCGGAGGGAGUGAGCCUGCCCCGGUGCUCCCUGUACAACCAUUACUUAAGGCACUGUCAGGAACAGAAACUGGAUCCGGUCAACGCAGCCUCCUUCGGCAAGCUCAUCCGCUCGGUCUUCAUGGGCCUGAGGACCCGUCGCCUCGGUACCAGAGGCAACUCUAAGUAUCAUUACUAUGGCAUCCGGGUGAAGCCAGACUCACCGCUGAACCGGCUGCAGGAAGACACCCAGUACAUGGCCAUGAGGCAACAGCCUGUCCACCAGAAACAGAGAUUCAAACCUCUACAGAAGGUGGACGGUAUGUCUGACAGCCUGUGCGGGAGCUCUCAGAACUGUAACAGCACUCCGGAGCAGUCUGUGGCAGCUCAGAGCCAACACCACCAGCAGUACAUCGAUACGUCCCACUCCUUGCCUCCAUUUCCUAUUCCUGAUUUGGGCACCCAGCCUCUGCCUGAGCGCAUCAACAUGAAUGAUAUCAAGAAACUGCAGACACUCUACAGAGACCACUGUGAGGCUACUUUGGAUGUGGUAAUGAACCUCCAGUUCCACUACAUUGAGAAACUCUGGCAGACCUUUUGGUAUUCAACACCGCCAUCUAGUGACGGAAACACCAUCCCCAACAGUGAUGAUGACAUGGAGGGUGUGAUCCCCAGAGAGAAGCUGGUGGCUCUGUGUAAAUAUGAACCAGUCAGACUAUGGAUGAGGAGCUGUGACCACAUCCUCUACCAGGCUCUGGUAGAGAUCCUCAUCCCUGAUGUGCUACGUCCUGUUCCAAGCACUCUCACUCAGGCCAUCCGUAACUUUGCCAAAAGUCUGGAGGGCUGGCUGACUAAUGCCAUGACCAACUUUCCUCAAGAGAUUAUUCGCACCAAGGUGGCGGUGGUCAGUGCAUUUGCCCAGACGCUGAGGCGUUACACCAGUCUGAACCACCUGGCCCAGGCAGCCCGUGCCGUCCUCCAGAACACCUCCCAGAUCAACCAGAUGCUCUCUGACCUCAACCGGGUGGACUUUGCCAACGUCCAGGAGCAGGCAUCAUGGGUGUGUCAGUGUGACGAGAGCGUGGUUCAGCGUCUGGAGCAGGACUUUAAGGUCACCCUGCAACAGCAGAGCUCUCUGGAUCAGUGGGCUACCUGGCUCGACAACGUGGUCUCUCAGGUCCUGAAGCCUCACCAGGGCAGCCCCAGCUUCCCCAAAGCUGCACGCCAGUUCUUGCUUAAAUGGUCCUUCUACAGCUCAAUGGUGAUCAGAGACCUGACCCUACGCAGUGCAGCCAGUUUUGGCUCUUUCCACCUGAUUCGCCUGCUGUAUGAUGAAUACAUGUUUUACCUGGUGGAGCACCGAGUGGCUCAAGCCACCGGAGAAACUCCGAUUGCCGUCAUGGGAGAGUUCAGCGACCUGACCUCUAUGAUGCCAUCACUAAUGGAAAAAGAUGCGUCCUUCUCUGAUGAGAUGAGUGACCUUGGCAGUGACGCUGAUGCGUCCAGGGAGCCUACUGAACCAGCUGUAAAAAGAGAGAGGAUUGAAAUGAGCCACCCUCUGCAGGAGAUGUGAGUCAAGUCUGAACGGGGCCUGACUGAAAGCUACAAGGACCAGCAUCUCUCCCUAAAAAAAGGUGACCCUGAGAUGGCUUUUGGGGCUGAGCUCAAGGUGUCCUCCUUCAGUCAGUGUGUGCAAUGUACAUAGAGAAGAAAGUAGCAAUGUCAGUCCUCCACUCACUAGCAACUGUACGGAUGGUGAUCUUUCUCCCAGGAAGCUCAUUUAUUAUUAUUAUUAUUAUUAUUAUUAUUAUAAUUUUUUACUCACAGGGGCGUAACACAGGUCUACAUUUCUUUCCGUUUUUGUUGCAACUGUGAAUGACUAUGUGCAGUACCUUUUUAUUGGAUGUGUAACUUUGAGUGGUGGUGUGUGGUGUUUGUGAUUCUUCUUCUUCUUCUUUUGUUUUUUUUAUCUUAACUAGCUGUGCCAUAGUGUCAUUUGAGUGCCUUAGAUCGCUAACUUUGAAACCACCACUACCGAUGUCUAUCAGUCCCUCAGCUGUGCCUCUACCGCAGUACGAAUGUAUCGUCUCCAAACCUCAGACAGUCAAAGCACCUUUAACAUUGAGAAGUGUGUAGGUGUGUAUACUCCUUGUUGCCUCUGCUGCAGCUCGUAGCAAACACACACGCACAAUAAAAAAAAAAAUAACAACAUGCAACCUACUGACCCAAAGGACCUUUCCCUCAGUCGUUCCCACCAGCUUAGCCACAGUCAUGGCUCUGUAGGGCCUCAUAGUCUCACAGUAGUCAGGAAGGCAGGGAAUUCAGUGUGCUACCCUGGCUGUGUAAGAUGUUGGUUUGUUUACCUCAAUAGAUUUAUACGCUGUUCGGCUCAGAUGACAUGAGGGAAGUAUUACAAAAACAAUGUAGCCACCACUUACAGUUUUGUGUCUCCCACUGUAAAUAGUUCUCUACAAAUGGUUUCAAUCCUGUGAUUGCUCCUCAGUGUGAGGAUGCAUCAGUAAACUGUAAUACAGUGACUGAUAUGUGCAGACCUGUGGUGGUUCACUCAGCUGCCACAGAGUUUGGAAUCAACCCAGAGUAUUUUACCUUAACUGGAAUCUGGCCUUAUUUUCUGAUUAUAAAAUUGGUUGUACAUUUCAUCUAAGGAAGAUAAAUCAAUACACGUUAGAGCGAUGGACCUGUAAAACCAAAACUCUUACAUGGAAAGAGGAUCUCGUUGGCAUCUGAGCCGGCACACGCUCCCCGACUUCAGAUAUUUUGACCUCAUGCUGUUACUCAGAUUAAAGUCUUAUGUUCUGUUGAAGAUAGAUAGAAAAAUACAGUGUGUUAUUUGGGGAGUUUGUCCAUAAUAAAUUUUAAAUAUAUAUAUCUUUGUAUGAUGUAGAAAGUGUGUGCUGUGUGGCCUUCGGUCUUUGCCUAAUCUUCUCUCCUCACACUGUACUCGGUGGGUCACAUUGUAUCAGAAGAAUAUGCUUUGAUGUGUAAUCGAUUAGACUGGUGUGUGUGUUAGAAAUUUGUUUCCAAUUCAAUCGUUCAAUGUGUGAAAUUCAAUUAUUACUGUGGCGUUACUGUGCCCGAGUACGCUAUUAAACUUUGCGCAAAAUAAUUUUUUAUUUAUAUGAAAUAUUCUGAUUUGAUUGACAUCAGCUUUGUGUUGAAAUUGGUUUGGUUGACUUACUCCCCCCCCCCCCCCCAGAUGAUUUUGUUGUAGCGAUGAGAAUCCUUGAGCUUGAGUUGUUAAAGGCUUUUUGUAACUUGUGCCUGUCACAGUAAUUUGCCUUCAAGUGCUUUGGAGCAAAAAGUAAUUUCUGUAUGUACUUUGUAAUGUUUUGUAAGGCUGUUUUAGAUUUUUGGCGGAGGAUUAUUUUUUAUUGAACUAGAUUUGGUUCUUCUUACAAGUAUACUGAACCCUUAUUUUUGUGCAUUUUCAAACCUGUUCUUGACUACACUUUAACUAUCCCAAGGACAGAUGAUGGUCUGUAAUAAACUGCAUAGUUCAGCUGUAUUUUGUACUUGGUCACAAUGUGUAAUAAAUUGGU